CCUGCCAACUGCAGAGGGGGGCAGAGAGGCAUCCUUCUUCUCUGGAUUCACAUCCAUGCCAAACCAGCGGGUCAACAUUUUCCUCCACGCUGCCUCCUAUGCCUCUUACACCUCCUGCUGAGCCGGACCCGGAACCGAAGAUGAACUGGGCAUCAUUUUAUGCCGUCAUCAGCGGUGUGAACAGACACUCCACAGGCAUCGGUCGCAUCUGGCUCUCUGUCCUGUUCAUUUUCCGUAUCCUGGUUCUGGUGGUCGCGGCGGAGAGCGUGUGGGGCGACGAGAAGUCCGGCUUCACCUGCAACACCCAGCAGCCGGGCUGCAACAGUGUCUGCUAUGACCACUUCUUCCCCAUCUCCCACAUCCGCCUCUGGGCGCUCCAGCUCAUCCUGGUCUCCACCCCCGCCCUCCUGGUAGCCAUGCAUGUGGCCCACCGCCGCCACGUCGACAAGAGGCUCUACAAACUGUCGGGGCGGACCAACCCCAAAGACCUGGAGCAGAUAAAGACCCAGAAGAUGAAAAUCUCAGGGGCUCUGUGGUGGACGUACGUCAUCAGCUUGAUGUUCCGUAUUGUCUUUGAGGUCACCUUUAUGUAUCUGUUUUAUAUGAUCUACCCCGGUUACAAGAUGAUCCGGCUGGUGAAGUGUGACUCGUACCCUUGUCCCAACACGGUGGACUGCUUCGUGUCGAGGCCCACAGAGAAGACUGUCUUCACCGUGUUCAUGCUGGCUGCGUCGGGGGUUUGUAUUUUGCUCAACAUCGCGGAGGUGGUCUUCUUAGUGGGGAAAGCCUGCAGUAAGCAACUGCAGACUGCUGGAGUCUCGACUAUGGGGGCUUGGAUCCAAAAGAAGCUCUGCUCGUACUAACAAAACACAGAUUUCAUACCUGCACAAAGGGACAUAUAUGUGACCUUAGAUCCAGGUAACGGCCAUUGAUUUAAAGGGACUGUUUGUAAGAAUCAGAAAUGCUUGUUAACAGCGACACCUGUGGCCGUUAAGUCAACAAAAGUCAGCGUCGGGCUCGAGCUUGUGCUCGCUCUAAAUAGACAUGAAUG